ACGGUGGCUGUCAAAAUUUCUCAAAGUGUGUCAAGUGCAGUUCGGUGUUUGUGCUUUUCGCUUGCGAAAUUUUCUUGAAUUACACGUAAAAAUCUUCAAAAAUAUCUCUAAAUUUCCACAAAUCUCUCAAGAUUCAUCUUCCGGCUUCAUAAUGGGCGACGGCCGAAGCAGCAGCAGUAGCAGUAGCGCCGCCGGAGGCCUUCUCGUCUACGUCGGCAACAUUCCGAAGGCGGCCACCGAGGACCAGAUGCGCAAGUUCUUCAGCAACUGCAAGGGCAUAGUGUCGUUCAGCUUCCGGCUGGACGAUUGCCUGUACUGUCCGACCAAGAUAGCGUUCGUCAAGUUUUCCAACCGCUACGACGAGGACCGGGCCCUGCGGAUGAACCAGACGUUCUUCCAGGGGAAGCGCAUUUUCGUGGCCAGCGUGGAUUCGGAUCGGAAUUUCACGCCACGGUACGCGGUCAUGGUGAAGAACUUGAACGAGUAUGUAACCGAGGAAGAUGUGUACGACCACUUCAAGAACAUUGGGGCGAUCGAGUGCGUUCAGAAGCCGGCGGUGAACUAUGCGUACAUUUCGUUUGAGCGCAGCGAGAGCAGUCAGCGCGCAUUGGCCAUCAAGAAUCGGAAUUUGAAGGGAGUGGACAUGGAAGUGUUUCCGGUUAAGCGAAACAUUAGCAUGAUGCUGGAGAAGCCGAAGCUUCUGGCGUUUACCGAUAUUAAGGACAAGUGUGAUGCUCUGGGGCUAAGAUACGAACCGGAAGCGGAGAUGCAAACUAAACUGCUGGUGACCAACAUUCCACGCAACGUGGCCGAGGAAGAAGUCAUCGACUAUCUGAGCAAAUUCGGAAAGAUCAUUGACUGGGAGAUGCAAAAGUCACCCAUUUCGGUUCUGACCAACAUUGGCUACGUCACCUAUCUGAAUCCGAAAACGGCACGUUUUGUCUAUCUUUUUACGCCGCAUAACUUCCAAGGUGUGGCUCUGGAUAUCUACAAUCCGCGGAUUACCUACGGCGAGGUGAAAUCCAACACUGCCGUGCUGCUGAAGAGGACCAAUGUUUAUCUCACAAACGACGAAAUCUUCCAAGCAAUGAAUGAGUGCGGACGGGUUGCCUACAUCCAUCGGGUCGAUUCUGCGCGUUAUUGCACCAUCGUACGAUUCAUGUUCCCCGUGGCCGUAGUGACGGCCUUGAAAAUCAAACGGGUUGCCGAGGAGAAUGUCUACAUCACGAGGUUUACGGAACAGAGCUACCUCUCGGACAUGGCCCCAAUACCGGAGGUUACACCCAAGAGUAGCCUUCGAUUGUACAAGGAAUCACUUCUGCGAAAGCUGAUCGAAAAGGAAGAUCAGAAAGAAAUGUCCCGCGUUCGAACGAUCCCAAAUAAUGACUACAGGAGUCCAAAUCCAGAAUUCUAUAAAAAUGAAGUUGUCGUGAUGAACUAUCCACCCGGAACGGCAAUGAUCCAAUUUCGGGACUAUUUUAAAAAGUGUGGCAACGUGACUAACUUUCGGGAAACGAUCAAACCUUCCGGCAUUAAGCAAGCAUUUCUGAGCUUCGAUACUCGGCUGGAAGCGAGACGAGCCUGCACUUUGAACCAGAACUUCAUGACUGGCAAACGUUUGCUUAUUCACAUGGCCAACGAGAACCUGUAUCUCGAUCCGGAACUGAGUGUCAUAGUGGCCGGAUUGAAUAUGUCGAUCUUGGAUGAGGACAUCUAUGAUCGGUUCAGCGACAUUGGAAACGUGAAAUUUGUUCUGAGAACGUCUCCCGCCGUAGCUUAUGUGUGCAUGGAGCAAAAGCGUUGGUACGACGCAGCACUGCGGGUUAUCUUGGUCAAGACCCACAGGGUCGUCGUUAGCAGGGUGAACGCCAGCGCUUCGGGCAUGUCUGCUUCAGGCGUUACGCAGCAGUCGCCUCAACUCAAACUGGCAACAAAUGAUCAGAGGCCUAACUUGCGAGCUAUUAAUUUGAACGGACCUGGCAAGAUUAUGACCAGUGGGCCAAUGCCCAUGGGUCCCGGUGCUCCAGUAGCGGUAGGAGGUCCGAUGGGCCCUAGUGGACCGAUGCCGAUGGGCCCGAGAGGACCAAUGAUGGGACCAGGAGGUCCAAUGGGAGGACCUGGAGGUCCGAUGGGAGGACCUGGAGGUCCAAUGGGAGGACCUGGAGGUCCGAUGAUGGGUCCAGGAGGCCCCAUGAUGGGCCCAGGAGGUCCCAUGAUGGGUCCUGGAGGCCCCAUGAUGGGCCCUGGAGGUCCAAUGAUGGGUCCAGGAGGCCCAAUGAUGGGUCCAGGAGGUCCUAUGAUGGGUCCAGGUGGUCCUAUGAUGGGUCCAGGUGGUCCUAUGAUGGGCCCAGGAGGUCCUAUGAUGGGACCGGGUGGUCCCAUGAUGGGUCCAGGGGGUCCGAUGAUGGGUCCAGGGGGCCCAAUGAUGGGUCCUGGUGGUCCAGUGAUGGGUCCUGGCGGCCCAGUAAAUCAAAACCCAAUCGUGACUCCAGCAAUGCGACGUCUGAUGCAAGUUAUCGAAUCUAGAAUGCUGAAUAUUCAAGCAUUUACUUCUUUACCGAUGAUUGAGCAAUUCCGCCUGGUCCAUGGAAUAGUGAACCAGUUUAUCAAUGUUCCACACUUUUUAGAAAUGAAACCGGAUGCUAAAAUAAAUUUUCUGAUUAGUGGUCAAAAUGGCUUCGCAUAUGCCAAUACGUUUACACUGUUCACAUAUCCACAACAGUUACAACUAUUGUCGCUGAUCCAUCAGGAUUAUUUGAGUACCAUUAAUGCUCCUGCCGGACCUGCCGUUGUGCAAGCACCCCCGCAGGUUCCAAAGGAUCAUCCAAAUCGCCCUUUCGAAGUUCCUCCAAACAACGUUCCGGAACCUAUACCCGAAAGCAACAAUUUGGCUCCAUGGCAAACCAAAGAGUCGAAACCACCGAUCGAAACGGAUACAUUGGACGACUCUAUCUAUGCUACAGUUCCACUGUCUGCGCAAGAUCGUUUUGAAAAAGCCGAAAAGUUACGCCUGGAAAGUGAAUCCAAACAAUUGAAGAACGAAGACGCAUUGAGCGUCAGUUCGAACUCAGAUUCCAUUCCUCCAGCUCCAGAACCUCCUCAGUUUAGCACAAGGAGAUCCCGAUCGGAUUCACCUGUACUACCGUCUAGUUUGCGCAGAGUGCGAAGCCGGUCGCCAUACUCCCGAUCGCGAUCGCCGUCCCGCACACGUUUGUCUCGUUCUCCGACCAUGCGAUCAUCUCAGCGUCGUAAGAGCUUGAGCCCAUUCUCGAAGGCCCUGCUUUCCAGUCCACUGUUGCGGUACGAUCGCUCCGUUUCGAAAUCUCCAGAUCGCUACCGUCGCAACCCAAGCCCUGCGCUGCGCACUGUCUACCGGUCGGAGAGACGCCGCUCUCGGUCGCGAUCACCAGUGAACCGUUCACGAUCGCGAUCGCCCAGACGAUCAACUCAAAAGGGUAUUCCGCAGUCGCGAGUGUACCGUCGAAGCCGAUCCAAGGACAGCUCAUCUCUUUCGCUUAGUCCGGCGCCGCUGACCUCAACGGCGAAGCUGUGGGAUGAUCCUUCGGUUCCGAAGGAACCCACCAGAUAUGCAUUCCAGACCGAGGAAAACAAAGAGACUUCCAAUUGCAUUUUCGUUGGAAACCUACCGCCGGGAACCACCGAGGACCAGAUGGUCGAAAUCUUCGGCAAAUUCGGCCAAAUCGUGUCGGUCAAGUUUGCCAUCAACUCGGCUAACAUCAAGCGCGCUUUCCUGACCUUUGACACGUACGACCAGGCAGUGAAGGCACUCGAUAUGCAUCUGCGACAGUACCGGGGGCAUCUGCUCCGUGUGGCGUUCGCCAAUAGGGCCCUCCGGGAGCGGCCCGGCUUCUCCGUGUCCAUUGUGGUGAAGGGAACACAAUACACCGAAAUCGACGUGUUCAACACGUUCAAACUGUGCGGAGACAUUUCCUACUUGUGGACCCGUAGCUACAAGACGGACGGCAAUAUGACCGCCCUGUAUCACGUGAUCGACUUCAAGCACCGAGAUGCCGUACUGGUUGCCCUGGAAACGCACAAGCUGGUCACCGGGAGCAAGUGCAAAGUGGGCGCAAUCGUGCGCUAGACAGGUGCUGACUGAUGAUUGCAUUAGCCGGAAGCUUGAUGGUUCCUCGGAAUGAUGGCAACUUUCGAUGGUUGUUCCGUGGACUGACUAUGGAAGCAAGGGGUGAGUACCGUUCUGAUUUUGAAUUCAUUGAUGAUGAACAUUUUCUUGGGUGGUUUAAGCGUAUUUGGAUUUAUAUAGUGAGGGGAUUUGAUAGAAUUAAUUAGAGAGUUAGGGAUAGAUAAGAAGGAACAUUGUCAAGCAGAAAAGGCUGAGUUUGGAGAGAAUUUUCAAUAAUUUUAGAAUAAUUCUAGACCUGAUACAUUUUAUUUUGUUAGAUUGUUACGGUGUUUCGAGACAGAACAUAAAAUAUCAGAAAAAUAAACCCAAAUAAAAUCUUUAGUAGUAAUUAUUAAUAAGUUUUCGAUGUUAUAACUGGAAGUUCUCAAUUACACCCUUAAUCUAAGCGUACGCAUUAAAUAUUGUAUUCCUAUAAUGAACGUCUUGAGAAGUACAUUUAUCCUAAUCUUACGUUUUAGUGGGCGUUGUAUGAGAACAAUUGCUCGUAUUUUACGUCUUUAGUGUUAAUUUUAAGCUAUUUGAACCUUUGUUAAAAAAACUAGUUUUACCAAGUAUGAAAUAACUCCUAAUUACACUACCUAUUAUGCGCAUUAUAUGUCAACAGCUAGAAUAGAUACAUUUACCAACUAUAGAACACUUAGAAUUUAAUAUAUUCACUAUCUACUAGUAGUAGCAAGUAAUAUUGUAACCGAACUUCAAAAUGUAAUUCAUCAAUUUCAAUACAUGCAGUGAACUAUC